UUUAUCUUAGAUUUACCUUGUUUGGAAGAGGAAUCCGAAGAAGUGGCAUUACCAGCCGAUGCCGGCGAAGGGAUCAAUAACACUGAGGACACAUCUAGUGAUGAUGAAAUUCCAUUAUCGAACAUUAAAGAGCAGGUGUUCAUGAAUCAAGGAAAGAGAAAAUCAUCGGCAACAGAAGAGGAACUAAUUUCGACAAAAAAAGAAACACAAGUCAAAAAGAGAAAAAAAGAAAAGCAGUCGGCAAAAACACUUAAAACAACUCAAAAAACCCCAUGGACGUCCGAAGAAAUAAAAUCCGUAAUGACUUUCUUUAAAUUUGAUUUAAAGAAGGAACUACUACCAGGAAAACAAAAAUGUGAAGAGUGCAAAUCAAAAUACCCAGUAUUGGAAAGGAGAAAAUGGACGGAUAUAAAGUUUUAUUUGAAAAACUAUUACAGCCGCAAUAAGCGACUAAUAAAUAAUAAUGAUAAUAAAUUACCAAUAUAAAUUUUAUACA